AUGAAUCCAGACCCGCCCACCUCUUCCGCUCCGCGGGAAAGACUAGGCCAGAGCACACGCAUAUUCUUGGACCAUCUUAAACAUCAUCUUCUUUCCUUACCGUUCGUCACCACCGCCGCUCUCAUUGCACCGAUCGUCGUAGCUGUGCUUGAUCUUGUCGGUCACUUGAUCACCGGCACAGGAUGGAUCUCGCACUUUUGCUCCCUUUACGUCUCUCCGGUCAUUCACAGUGGACAAGUACAGCGAUUGGUGUUGUAUCCCCUUGCACGGCCGAGUCUGUCUCUCACAUUUACCAAUCUACUGCUGCUGGUUCCUUUUCUUUCCGCCAUGGAAAAGAAAAAGGGUUCGCUGAGCAUCUUGUGGUUUUGUUUUACCUUGUUCACCAUUAUUCCAGCCAUUAUUUAUGUCAUUGUGGUGGCACUUUAUGCAUAUUCAGCGAGAAUGCCGGAGCACUUGGCGCGUUACGGGUGUGCAGGGACGUCGGGCUGGGUGGUCGCACUGGCUGUGUGGUCAACACUCGAGGAUGAACAAGAAGAUAAUCUUCAGGAUCGCAUGUUAUUUGGCGCGAUUCGUCUACCGGCGAAAAUCAUCCCUGGCCUCAUUAUCUUGUUUUACUUUUUCCUUGUUCCCGAUACAUCCCUUCUGCUUCACUUGUCUAAUGCAGGUAUCGCUUAUCUAUUGGCCAUGAAACGAUUGCCGCCAUUUUUAGUUCUGUCUGCCGAAACGUGCCGUCGAUACGAGGAAAAUGGGAUGAUGAAUCGAUUUGUUCAUUGUCGAGGUUAUAUCUCUGUGGAUGGAAGUGAACAAAGCGGGUACUUGCCAAUCUCAACAACCAGCAGUACAAUGCCUGGCACAUCCUCCUCUGGACAAAAUGCUUCCACAAGCCCCUCCUUCCCGGGCGCAGGAAGACGGUUAGGCGAAUAG